CCCUCUCCCACUCCCAUUGGGCUUCCCCGGACUCCGAAACCGCGCGCGUGGUGUUUUCACCCGGGCCAUGUGGCUCGGAUGCCGCGGGCGCCGCCCUUCGUCGCGGCCCUCUGCCUUCUGGCCGGGGCCGAGCCAGUCCCCCGACAUGAGCGCGUGGCGGCGGCACAGAAGGUGCAGGAGAUGUACAAACAUGCCUUCGACUCCUACAUGAGCCUGGCCUUCCCGGCCGACGAGCUCCGGCCGCUCACCUGCGACGGCCGCACCCAGCGCGAGCGCGGCGACCUGGACGCCAUGCUGGGGAACUACUCGAUGACAUUGAUCGAUGCCUUGGAUUCCUUGAUCAUUUUCAAGCGGAAGGCCAUUUUCAAGGUGGCAGUCUCACAUAUCCAGGACAGCGUGCACUUCAACAAAGACCUUGAGGUGAGCACGUUCGAGGUGAACAUCCGCAUCCUAGGAGGGCUGCUGAGCGGCCAUCAGCAUGCAGUGAAGCUUCUGCCAAAGUACAAAGGUGGUCUUCUGACGAAGGCUUUGGACCUCGGUGAACGCCUGCUGCGCGCCUUCGACACGCCCACGGGCAUGCCGCGGAGCCGGGUGAACUUGCACUCGGGCAUCCCAAAGGGGUCGGGUGCCACGGUCACCAUCGCAGAGGCCGGCUCUUUCAUCUUGGAGUUCGGAAUGCUCUCGGUCUUGUCGGGCGACGGCAAGUUCUACCAGACGGCCAAACGGUCGCUGCGGGCGUUUUGGAGUCGCCGAAACGCGCUGGAUCUGGUGGGCACGACCAUUGAUGUGAAUACGGGGAACUUUGUGGACCAGCAGAGCACCACGGGUCCUGGGCAAGACUCCUUCUUCGAGUACUUGCUGAAAGGAUACAUUCUCUUCAAAGACCUGGAACUUUUGGAUAUCUUCCUCAGUGCAUAUGCAGCAGUAGAGCAGCAUCACAGUUUCGAGGGAUUCACCUACACCGUCGACAUGAACAAGGGCCUCAUGAUGAAUACGCAUUUGUCACCCUUGGCUUGCGUUUGGGCCUCACUGCAAGUGCUCAUCGGCGAUGUGUCCAGCGGCCUUCGGUCUGUGCUCUACUGGUACAGCCUCUGGAAGAAGCACGACGCCUUACCGGAGGUCUAUGAUACCCGCUCGCAGAGCCCGACGCAAGCCAGGGACUCACCACUACGUCCGGAGCUCAUCGAAGCCAUUUUCUACCUCUCCUUGGCACUCCCGGGCGAUGCUGCCGUCUUCGAGAUGGCCCGCUCCAUGGCCGAUGCCAUCGACGAGCAGUCGCGGGUCUCGUGUGGCUUCGCGGCCGUGGCGGACGUGACCACGAAACGGCUGGACAACCGAAUGGACUCCUUCUUCCUCUCCGAGACCUUGGUCUACCUUUAUUUGGCCAUGGCUCCCAGCGAUGAGCUCGCAUCAGCCUUGCCCUGGCCUUUGGGUUCCAGUGUCUUCACCACAGAAGGUCACAUUUUCCCUCUGCACGGGCCCGGCCAUGAAGGAAACACCGGACUUGAGGCCUCGCUGGCUGCCUGGGACCGGACGCUGCCGCUCCUGGGCGCCGAAGCGCCGAUCGCCACCUGCGAGGCCCUGUCGCCCUUCGAGCGGGUGGCGGUGCAGCAGCGUUGCCGCACCAAGUACCUCUUGACGCCCAGCUACCAGCUGCAGAUGGUCGCCGAAACGACGCGCCGCUGUCGCCCCCAGGAGGUCUCGCUGCUGGUCUGGACCGAGGGGCUCCCGCCGCUGCGGCUGCAUGCCUUGGCCUCCUCCUUGGGCCGUGCGGUGGCGGCGCUGCCACUGUUACACCACCGGUUGCUCGAGGAGGGCAAGGCUGCUCCAAGACCAGAUCUCGGUGCAGGCGAAGAAACUGAGCAAAAUUCCUCAUGUGGCGUGGAUUCCUUGGCAGGCUUAGACUCGCCGGAGCGCAAGAAGACCCCUCCCUCAGCGUGGCCGCAGAGCCUCUCCCUGCUGCGCUUGGAUCUGGAGCAGAGCCCCGGGCGAAUGCCCAGUUUCAGCUCGGCGCUCCGCCUGGAGCCGUUGCGACGUCUCUUUGCCACGCGCUUCCUCCAAGCGGCCGAUCCUUUGAGUGCUUGCAACGAUUUGCUACCAGAGCCUGGAAGAACCUUGCAGGAGACGUAUGGCGGGCGGUUGGUGAUCAUCAGCAGAGGAGGCUGCCUUUUUGUCCAGAAACUGCUUCGUGCACAGCAAGCUGGUGCAGCAGGAAUCAUCAUGAUGAACUCCGAGACCUACGACCAGAGGCUCCAGGUCAUGACCUGUCCCAACCAGGAGCGAGGCGGAGGAGCUGAGGUUCGUGUUCCAGCUGCCAUGAUCUCAUGGAGCGAUGGGCAACUUCUCUUGCAGCGGCUCCGACAAGGGCCCUUGGCCGGGACGCUCUUCACUCAGCACUGAGCCGAGCGAAAAAGUUACAUGGAAGAAGCUGCCAUCAUCAAGGUGUGACUACCAGAUGGAGAUGCCCUGAGCGUUUGCGCGGCGCAUCGCGGCGCCGGGGGCGCUGCGAUUGGAGG